GCUCUGCCGAAGCCACGGAGAGGGCGGGGCGCGAGGGAGGCCGGGAGCCAGGACGUCCGUGCGCCCGGAGCUAACUGGAGGCCUAGGCGAGCGGGUCGGCGGGCUGGGUUAAACAGUUUAAGAUGAGAAAAGUUGAUCUCUGUUUGAGCUCUGAAGGGUCUGAAGUGAUUUUAGCUACAUCAAGUGAUGAAAAACACCCACCUGAAAAUAUCAUUGAUGGGAAUCCAGAAACGUUUUGGACCACCACAGGAAUGUUUCCCCAGGAGUUUAUUAUUUUUUUUCACAAACAUGUAAAGAUUGAAAGACUUGUAAUCCAAAGUUACUUUGUGCGUACCUUAAAGAUUGAAAAGAGCACAUCUAAAGAGCCAGUUGAUUUUCAGCAGUGGAUUGAAAAAGACUUAGUACACACAGAGGGGCAGCUUCAAAAUGAAGAAAUUGUGGCACGUGAUGGUUACGCCACUUACUUGAGAUUCAUUAUUGUUUCAGCCUUUGAUCAUUUUGCUUCUGUGCAUAGCAUUUCUGCAGACGGAAUAGUAGUCUCAGAUUUUGCAUGAAUUCACUUACAUGACUUUUUAACAAUGUAUUUAUUUAAACAUGAAAUUGUCGUUGAUAAUACUUUAUUAAAAGGAUUUAUAUCAA